UGAAAUUUUAAUUAAUGUGGGUGGGCUGAGAACACAGCGACUGUUUAUCAUAGACAAUUUAUUUUCCAGCGCUAAGUCAACAUAUAAUAGCAAAGUUACAACAAUUAUUUAACAUUUUUAAAGCCAUGAAGAAGGGACAGAGUGCGCAGCGGCUGGGGAAAGCGGCAGAGCGGGAGACAGACGCAGGGCGGGCUCCCCGGGAGGGCCCUUGCGGCGCGGGGUGCAGUCCCUAAGCCACCCGGGUCGUCUGCGUUGCCGGGGGCGCAGCGCCGUCUCCGCUCGCCAUGAGCCAUCUCUUCAGUCCCCGGCUGCCUGCUCUGGCCGCCUCGCCCAUGCUCUAUCUGUACGGCCCCGAGAGACCCGGGCUGCCUCUGGCCUUGGCCCCCGCGGCCGCUCUGGCCGCCUCGGGCCGGGUGGAGCCCCCCCAGAAGCCGCCCUACAGCUACAUCGCGCUCAUAGCCAUGGCGAUCCAGGACGCGCCCGAGCAGAGGGUCACGCUCAACGGCAUCUACCAGUUCAUCAUGGACCGCUUCCCCUUCUACCACGACAACCGGCAGGGCUGGCAGAACAGCAUCCGCCACAACCUCUCGCUCAACGACUGCUUCGUCAAGGUGCCCCGCGAGAAAGGGCGGCCCGGCAAGGGCAGCUACUGGACGCUGGACCCUCGCUGCCUGGACAUGUUCGAGAAUGGCAACUACCGGCGCCGGAAGAGGAAGCCCAAGCCGGGCCCUGGGGCCCCGGAGUUCAAGCGCGCCCGAGCCGAGACGCACGAGCGCGGCGCAGAGGCGCAGCCGGAGGUGGGGCGCGGGGGAGUACUCCCCCGCCCGGCGACCCCCAGCCACGAGGGAGCUCCCGCGCGCCCCUCGCCCCUCCGGGAAGGCUCCUCUCCGCCCGCGCCCCUCCACUGGCCCGGGCCCGCGUCCGCAGAGGAGGACGCGGGGGACGCGCUCCAGGGCGCAGCGGCUGUGGCCGUCCGCCGGCCCGCGCGCACGAUGGAUGGCCCGGGGUCCCCUCCGCACCCCGCCUCCUGCAGCUCUCCGAAGAGUUCUUCGGACAAGUCCAAGAGCUUCAGCAUAGACAGCAUCCUGGCGGAACGGCAGGGGCAAAAGCCGGCUGGAGGGGGCGAGCUCCCGGGGGGAGCCAAGCAGGGCCCUGGCGGCUUCCUAGGCGCCUCGCUCCUGGCCACCUCCUCCAGCCUCCGUCCGCCUUUCAACGCUUCCCUGAUGCUGGACCCGCACGUCCAGGGCGGCUUUUACCAGCUCGGGAUCCCUUUCCUCUCCUAUUUCCCUCUGCAGCUCCCCGACACGGUGCUUCACUUCCACUAAAGCCAUCGGUGGCGAGGUUCUUUCCCCUGCCCGGGUCUGAGCUACUUGUGAGCGACCACGACUCCCACCGUGGGGUCAAGAAGUCACUUUUUUUUUUAAUGAUUUCCUCUGCGGACAUGUGGAUCCCGGGAAGUAUCACCCACCUCUACGCACAGAUGGGUACACCCCCACCUGCCUCCCGCAAGGCGCACCUUCCCAGAACCAGAGCAGCUUCGGGGAUUUAAAGGACGCUUUCCCGCCAGGACUCGGGCAUCCCAGACCUUCUACUGCCGGAGCAGGAGACUCCCUUGGCCUUAGGUCAGUCUGAUGGCAUGAUCUUCUGCUAGCUACUCAUGGCAGGCCCUGCCUGUCUGGGGAACGGGGGCCCAGACGACCUGAGGGCAGACAGAUGGCCGCAGUGUGGUCCUUUCUAUCUGAGAGCCACUAUCUGCCCGUUGCUGGCUGGGCAGUGGCUUAGGCCUUGGCUUUGAACCCACCAGAGUGGGGGGUGUUUGAAGCUAGGUUUGUCCCUGAAGUCCAGUUGUGGGGAUGCUGGGAGUGACCCCUGUUUUUCAGGUUCCUUAGCAGAUCCUAGGGCUUGGGGAGGACUUGGGACCAACGUUCAGGUGAAAGCUGAGAAACCACACUUUUAUUUUAAAUAGAGAAGUUUCCUCUUUUUUCCUUCCUAGACCAUAAAAGGAAUAUGCUAUAUUCUUUGGCUAAACCCUUGACUCGUUUUACUAUAAGGAUCGCCCUGUGAAAACGUCGACAUUAACAACUUCUAUUAAGAAAGUGCACUCUGUAUAAUAUAGCAUUUUGUUGCAUUAUGAUAGCUUGUUGAUCAACACGUAUGUUUCCCAAUGCGUGUUUCCCACAACAGCAGCCCUCCUGUCUCUUCGUUUUUGUGUUUAAAGGAUCAAAAGACUCUGAGGACACCGGAAGUGCGUCAGGGGGAGGGAAGAGGUCUCGGGCAACAGAGGAGUUUUGAUUCCCAUGUUUUUCUCAAGACCUAGGUUUGAUGUUGUUACCUUUUCUAGAAUUGUGUAGUGAAGGACUACUUUCAAUCAAAAGCGUUGGGAGAAGCAAACACGUGGGAAGCAGGCAGAGGGAGAGAUGGGUCAGGGCCCGGCAGAACAUGGCAUGCAUCAGGGCGGCUCUCUGGACCCCAAGGAACGGGAGGCUGGAGGGAGGCUUCCCAGCCUGCAGCCCCGGCCUGGCAGGCCCAGGGCCUGCAGCUAAAUAAACACCUUAUGGAGGUGACUAGGAGUCUGGUGCAGGGCCGGGAGGCAGGGAGCCACCUCCACAAAGGUCUGGUUAUGGAAGUUGAGAGUUUCGCAGCCCGGUUCAGCUUGGAACUUUUGGAAAAUGCACGUAACCUCUUAUGGUAUCUCUCUUUAGGUUGUUUUGGCAAUUCUGAAACUUGACUCCCUGAGCCUCCAAGUUACUUUAUCUGAUGUGGGAAAAUCACAGUCAGUCAUGAGUUCUUGGAGACAGGCAGAGAUAGGUCUAUGAAAUAACUUUUUCAAGCAGUUUCCAUGACUUAUAUAAAAGUGAACACGAACUUUACAUCAAGAGAGCUUAUUGGUAACAUGUUGGAAAGGAUAUUUCGGACAAGCGUAAUAACUUAAUAAUUAGUAGGCACAGAGAUGACUUGCUGAAAAUUCAUCCUGAAAGCCGUGUGCUACCUACCCAAACGUGUGUCCGUGACCACGCCCUGCCCAGGCUGGUGGGAACACUUCGGCGAGCUUCAGUGUCCUUGAUUUUAAGAACUUUGAUGAGGUCCUGUGGUUGAGGUCCAGGGUCACUGUGAUUAACUCAAAAUGUAGUACAAGGGCCAUCAUUGGAUGUUUUGUUAUCCCGACGUCUCAGCACCUGUGAAUAAAGUUGUUUUUUCAUUAA